UGAAAUCAAAAUUCUUACGUUUGUACUCGGUUAAAGUUAAUAAUUUGAAAUCGAUGAUUAAAUUCAUUGUGAUUUUUCCUUCGUGAAAUUAAUUGUUUUCACUUGUGGUGACGGUUGCGAUUAUAUAUUUUUAGUAAAAACCAAACAACAACCGCUAGUUCCAGAGAAUAGGCUAUUCAAAUCGAUCAGCGUGUGUUUCUUUUCCUUUGGAUCGCUUUGUUUUUCUUGUUUUCCCUCAUUCGCUUCAGUGGAGAAAGGUUUUCACAGACGACCACUGUGAGUAAAAGUGAUUUAGUAUCGCGUGAACGCUUCUGACAUGCCGACAUAACAUGCUACUGAUACUCGUGUUGUGCGUAUUAUGCUCGACCGCUUUGCCUUCUCCUACGGAUGUUCAAACGGUCUCACCCGAAAAUUCAGGUGAUAAACCUUACGAUGGAGACGAGCAAGGCGUUCGAAAAUUUGUUUCUGACCAUGAAUUACCCAAAGACGUCCCAACUAGGGUGAGAAUUGUUGGAGACUUAGGUACACCGCCACCUAGCGUGUCUUAUGACUUUGUUCCACAACAAUCGUACGUACAAGUUCGAAGAUACGAUACAGUUAAACGUUUACCGCAAGAAGCAGCGAUCGAAGAGGCUGAGUCUACUGAGGAUAGAGUGAACGCUCCAAGACUUAGAGAAGUGGUUUCUCAUAAAAAGACACAAGAGGUGUAUGAAGAACAAGGUUAUGAAGACGCUGGAUAUGACCAUGGUGGUUCUAAGAAACUCAAAGUGGAAGAAGAAGAAAAAGAUAAUCAAAGUAUUGAAAUUAUUCGACCUAGCAGUAAUUCAUCUCAUGUUACUCAAGAAACAAAAGAAAAUAAAUCUGUAACAGUUCCAUCAAGUCGUGGAACCUGGAGCCGCCAUAAGACAAUUUCAGGGAAAAAAACUAGGCAUGAAGAUAAUAUUAGCCGCAAUAAGGUAGUACCAAAGGAUAAUAAAAUAUUAAAUGAAAAUUCACCUGGGAAUUUCUCAAAAAUUAAUAACAAUAAAAUAAUUGUGCAAAAUAUUACAAAUUCCGAGAAAAAAGAUUCUAAGGAUAGUGCAGAAUCACGGCAAGUGAGUAGUUUCAGUAAAUCAGUAAAAGAUAAUAUUGAACCUACUACUUAUAAACCGAAUGUGAAACAAGGGAGUUUUCGGAAUUCAACUAAACUUAAUAGAAAUGAGCAAAAGAAAAAUCGUUCUAGAAAUAGAUCUAGAAAAAAUCAGGAUAAUAAUAAUCAACAGCUUCACACCGAUGUUGUAGGAAAUUAUGAUGAUACUCCAUGGGUACCAAUUGCGCCACCAAAAAAUUUUAAUAGGCCUCAAUUCGAAACAAAAAAACAUGGUAAAUCGAAAAUUAAUUCAGAACUUUCAGAAUUGAGUGGUCAUGGAACAAAAUUUGGUUUUACUAUACACCAUGAUAAUCCAUAUCAAUAUAUUAUUCCAAGUGACGACUUGGAAUCUGCUGUACCAAGUAAAUUUCAAACUAAAUCUAAAGUAAAGUUUGAAAAUCCUGAAGUCAUCAUAGGAAAACCUUUAAAAUCUUUUCAAAAUUUUGAAUUUAUCCCUGAAACAAAUUAUGACGGAAGUGCCAUUAACAAAAAACAAAAAAAGUCUAAGGGUCAAACAGAUUUACUAAGUAAUUUAAAUAAUCCUUCAGUUAAGUAUAAAUAUGAUUCCAUUCGUAGCUCUACAAGUGAUAAUAGUGCCAUAAGACAGCACCCAAAAUUAGUUCAACAAGAUGCAGUUUUAGACUACUUUAAUAGCUAUCCUAAGUCUGAAAAUGUACAAGAUGAGAAAAGAAAAGGCCACAGGGAUAUCAUAUCAGAUUUUGGAAAUAACGGUUUUAAGAAUACAAGAUAUCCGGGAGUAGACUAUUCAAGGUUUGGUUCAAAUUUAAAAUAUGAAGCUCCGUUUUUUACCACUAGAUCUAAACCUAUUGUCAAUGUAGAUAUAUCAAUAGAUCAUCAUGAUUAUGAUUAUCCAAAGUAUGAGUUAAACUCAAGUUCUCAAGUUAACAAGUAUGCAAAUAAAGAUAAAUCCAACAAUUUGAAACUAGCAAAUUUAAAUACAGAUACUUCAAGUUCAGAAUAUAACAAGAAUCCUCUUAGGAGCUCUCCUUACAAAGGUACACGAUUCUCAAUCUAUCCUAUGCUUAAUAAGAUGCCUAAAAGUGUUUACAAAGAUUCACAUGAGGCUUAUGAAACACAAGAAAAUAUUCCAAAAAUUUUUCAUGUGCGUCAACCUUCUGUAAUUGACCCUAAACAAAGCAGUAGCGAAGAAUAUUUUAAAACUGAUUUGCAGAAUAAAAUGAGCGAUAAUAUAAAUACUCAACUAUCAAAAAAACAAAGAAUAGUGCCUUAUUCAAAAGCAGUAAAAUUAACGAGUCCAUAUACAUAUGUUCAGCCGAAUGAUCAUUAUCCGUCAGGCAGUUCAAAAAUAGAAGCUAUUACUCAAAUUACAACUACGCCAAUGAGUGAUGGAUAUGCUUUUAAUAGACAUCCUUAUUUACCAAAAGAUUCGGUAGAAAGCAAACAACAUAAAUCCGAUGAUGAUAAUACAAAGCAUGUAGAAAAUUUAACAUUGGCACAAUUUGCAGGGCAUCAAAGGACAGUCCCACAACAUCUCAUUCCAAUAGAGUAUAAUGAAAGAGUUAAAAAUUUGGUUAAAAUUUUAAAUAAUAGCUAUCCUAAAAGGAAUCGUCGUGACCUAGAAGUUUUAAAUAUCGCCUCUAGCGGAACAACAACUGAAAUCCCUAUAGAUACUCGAAUUUACUCAAAUUAUAAGUAUGCCCCAAAACAUUCUGCAUUAAGAUACAUAACCAAUCCGGCUUUGAAACCACAUAAAACAAAUGGUGGUAUGGAAUUUUAUGAAUCAAUUAGUAGUCUUAAAUGUGAUGAUAUUACAGGUCCUUUAGGUGUAAUUCCCGAAAGAACAGAUGAUGGUGAAUGGAAAGGUGAACCCGAAGUCAAAAAUCCAAGAAUUGAUGCUGUAGGCAAUAAAAUUGGGUGUUUCAAAAAUAAAUAUUUUGGUAAUGAUCCUUUAGACAAUCCUUUAUUUAAAGAGAGAGAUGUUGGAUUUCCUGAAGUGGUAGCAGUGGGUAAAUCUUUAGAUAGCCGAGAAAGUAUAAAACCAGAAAACUCAUAUGUAGAAUGGAAUUUUGCGGAAGACUUAAUUCCGGGAAAAUGGUUCCCAGAGAAUUAUGCAUCAUCAAGAAAAUCAGUUAACAAAACUAUUCCAAUCAAUCAUAAAUUACAAGGUAUGGAAUCAAUUAUACCAGAACCAGUUAUUUUGAUGUUUCCCACUAAAUUAUCACCAGUUGUUUAUGCAAAUGAAACAAAAUUGAACGAACAAAAAGAUAAUAUAGAAGAAAUAUCAGUAAAAGAAUCUACUAUUAUCCACAAUCCUGUUAAUUAUUCAUUAACUCAAGUUCAUUCAACUACCAAAGGUAAUUUACUAAAUGAAAAAAUACUUGGUCUUUUUCCACCACCUCCUUUAUUUGAAAAUGUACCAAAAACAGAUAAAUUAAAAAAUUCUUCUUUAAAGAAAUAUAUAAAAAAAGUAGAAAUAAGAGGCGACGAAGACGAAGAAAGUUUGUUAGAUAUUUUUAGUCCAAUUAAGUUUUUUUUAGGGGAUUAUAAUGAAGAUGAACCCGUUACUCAAGAUUAUUUUAAUACGAAAAAUUCUCAACCUAAAACAAAGUUAAUAACUAGAAGUAUAAUUGAUAAAAGUGUUAGCAGAGUUAUAAAGAAUCGAGAAAAUUCAAAAAUAUAUAAAAGAUAUAAAAGAAAUCUAAAGGGCGUAGAUUUGCAAAAACCAAAAGAGAGGAAAAUAGAAUUUAACGUUCACGCUAAUCUUACAGUAUCACCAUCAACAUCAAAAAUAAGGUUGUAUUCGACAAAAAAUAAUACAUGGGUUCAAAAUUAUAACGACCGAUUAUCAAUAGAUAUUGAUUAUAGACGACAUGAACCAAGGUAUUUUCUUAGUUCACAACCUCACGUUAGAGCAAAAAGAGUAGUUCAUAAUCCUCUAUCUAAUAAAAGUUCUCAAGUAUACAGUAGUAAAUAUAUAAUCCCAGAUCAAGAUAAAGAAGGAUCUUUACCAGAAGAAAUUAACGUAGCGUUUUCAACUACUCCAAAUUAUGACACAACAGCUAAAUUUGUACAAGCGAUUACAUUAAGGGAUAAUCAAACGAAAAUUAUGAAGCAUAACGAUAGUAUUGCAAAUAGCACAAAUAAUUUACAAAAUCCCACUAUUGAAAAAAAUAGUUCUUUCAUUUACGUUAUUAGUCCAGAUACAGGAAUAGGAAAAUGGAUGCAAGUCAUAAAAAUAAAAACCGAUAAUGAUACAAAGUCUGCAUUAAAUAACGGACCCAUUUAUUUGGAAAAAAAAGAGAAGGAUGGUACUGCUGAAGAAAGUAUUGGUAAAUUUGGUUUUAAAGGACUUAAUAAAGAUAUUGUUAAAAGUUUUUCAAAUUCUCCCUUAAGUCACAGAUUUUCAUUAAAAGAGCCUCUUUUUAAAGUUCCAACUAAAGAUAAAUCACGAGAAACAUCUACAAAAGUGAUAUGUCCGACAUUAAAACGAAUAAAAAGCAAAGAAAUAAAAACAACUACUACCACAACUGAAAUUCCAGUCGUAGAGGAAAUAGAAGAAACACUUGAUGAACAAAUGGAUGAAGAAGAUAAACCCGAAAAACAACAAGAAGGAGAAGAUGAAGUAGAAGAAGAAGAAGAAAAUGAAGAGCAACACAAUGAAAAAUUCCCAGAAGAUCAAGAAAAUGAAGAAAAUCCAGAUAAUAAUGAAGAAUAUGAACAGGAGCAAAAUCAAGAUCAAGACCAAAUUGUUUAUGAAACAAAACGUAAAAAGCCUUGGACAGUAGAUAAUAAUGCAAGAUAUAGUCGACAUAAUUUUGGAUUAAGACAUAGAAAUAUACAAAAAAGAAAAAUGUAGAGAAUGACUAAAUCUAUCAAAUUAUUUAUUGUCUGUUCAAAAAUACUUUGUUAAAAACUAAUAUAUUAAUGUUAUUGUUAUGUAAAUAUCAAAAUAAAAAAAUAUAAUUUCGUCUAUUA